GGGUCCAGGCCUUCAGGGGCGGGGCCGCAGCGGGCGAGGGGCAGGCUGGGAAGCGGCGCCAUAUUGGCGUCGGCCGCGCUGUAUUGUCAUAAAUAGAGCCGGUUUUCUGGUGUUUUCACUACUCGGUUGGAUGCCUCGGCCGUAGUAAGUGAGAGAGUGAGCGAGCAAGCGAGCUACAAGCGAGCGGAGGAAAGUGGACAGGAGAGGAGGAGAAGGGAAGAGCACGAACAGGACUCCAGAGCGAAAGACUCGCCGGUGAGGGAGGCGCAGGAAGCGAUGAAAGAGAUGUCUGCAAACACCAUGCUGGACAACCAGCGUCAACAAAAGCAUUAUGGAAUCACCUCUCCAAUUAGCUUGGCAUGUCCGAAAGAAAUUGAUCAUAUUUACACACAGAAAUUAAUUGAUGCCAUGAAACCAUUUGGAGUAUUUGAAGAUGAGGAAGAAUUGAACCACAGGCUGGUUGUUCUUGGUAAACUGAACAAUUUAGUAAAAGAAUGGAUUUCUGAGGUCAGUGAGAGUAAGAAUCUCCCACCUUCUGUUGUGGCUACUGUUGGUGGAAAAAUUUUCACCUUUGGCUCCUAUAGGCUUGGAGUACACACCAAAGGAGCUGACAUUGAUGCACUUUGUGUUGCUCCAAGACAUGUGGAGAGAUCUGAUUUUUUUCAGUCUUUUUUUGAAAAAUUGAAACAUCAAGAUGGCAUUAGAAACUUAAGAGCUGUAGAAGAUGCCUUUGUGCCUGUUAUAAAAUUUGAAUUUGAUGGAAUUGAAAUUGAUCUAGUCUUUGCAAGACUGGCAAUACAAACCAUAUCAGAUAAUUUAGAUCUAAGAGACGACUCUCGACUGAGAAGCCUUGAUAUAAGGUGUAUUCGCAGCCUAAAUGGGUGUAGAGUUACUGAUGAAAUUUUGCAUUUAGUGCCAAAUAAAGAAACUUUCAGACUCACCCUAAGAGCAGUCAAACUAUGGGCAAAACGACGUGGUAUUUAUUCCAACAUGUUGGGAUUCCUUGGUGGUGUCUCCUGGGCAAUGCUAGUUGCAAGAACUUGCCAAUUAUAUCCAAAUGCAGCAGCUUCUACUUUAGUUCAUAAGUUCUUCUUAGUUUUUUCCAAGUGGGAAUGGCCAAAUCCUGUGCUGCUAAAGCAACCGGAAGAAAGCAAUUUGAAUUUGCCAGUUUGGGAUCCUCGGGUAAAUCCAUCAGAUAGGUAUCAUCUCAUGCCCAUAAUCACCCCUGCCUACCCACAACAGAAUUCUACGUAUAAUGUGUCCACAUCAACUCGAACAGUAAUGGUAGAAGAAUUUAAACAAGGUCUCGCAGUCACAGAUGAAAUUCUUCAGGGGAAAUCAGAUUGGUCCAAACUCCUUGAGCCACCAAAUUUUUUCCAAAAGUAUAGACAUUAUAUAGUAUUGACUGCCAGUGCAUCAACAGAAGAAAAUCAUCUAGAGUGGGUUGGAUUAGUAGAAUCUAAAAUACGUGUACUUGUUGGAAAUUUGGAACGGAAUGAAUUUAUUACUCUUGCCCAUGUAAAUCCCCAAUCAUUCCCAGGAAAUAAGGAACAUCAUAAAGACAACAAUUACGUAUCAAUGUGGUUCCUUGGAAUAAUUUUUCGGAGAGUAGAAAAUGCAGAAAGUGUUAAUAUAGACUUGACAUAUGAUAUACAGUCAUUUACUGAUACAGUGUACAGACAGGCAAACAAUAUAAACAUGCUAAAGGAGGGAAUGAAAAUUGAAGCAACUCAUGUUAAAAAAAAACAACUUCAUCACUACCUUCCCUCAGAGAUUCUUCAGAAGAAGAAAAAGCAAAGUCUUUCUGAUGUCAGUCGAAGUUCAAGUGGACCUCAAUCCAAAAGAUCAUCUCUGGAUAGCAAUUGUUUGGAUAGCUCCAGAGACACUGAUAAUGGAACACCUUUUAAUUCCCCAGUGUCUACAAACAAGCCUUCCAAGCCUGAUAUUCCUCCUUCAGCAGAGACAGAAAGGAAUAAUGCUGAGCCUGCUGCUGUAGUUGUGGAAAAGCCACUGACUGUCCCGCCAGCUCAAGGGCUGUCUAUUCCCGUCAUUGGUGCAAAAGUUGACUCUGCAGUAAAAGCUGUAUCACCUCCAGCUGUGUGUACCAUUCCUACUGUAGUAGGACGAAAUGUCAUUCCUAGAAUCACAACACCCCACAACCCUGCCCAGGGGCAGCCACAUCUAAAUGGAAUGUCAAAUAUAACUAAGAAUGUUACCCCCAAAAGAUCCCACUCCCCAUCCAUAGAUGGGUCUUCUAAGAGGUUGAAAGACAUAGAAAAGUUUAUUCGACUUGAAUCAACGUUUAAGGAAUCACGUGCUGCUGAAGACAGAAAAAGAAAAUCAGUGGAUGCCAUUGGAGGAGAAUGUAUGCCUAUUCCAACUAUUGAUACAUCACGCAAAAAGAGACUGCCCAGUAAAGAACUACCAGAUUCAUCAUCUCCAGUUCCAGCAAAUAACAUCCGUGUCAUCAAAAAUUCCAUUCGACUGACCCUAAAUCGAUGCUGUAGCAUUCUCUCAUUGAUUGCUACAUACAGUUCUCUGAGGAUCACCUGCUAUCAAAUUAUCAUCUACAAUAUUAUGGCUUUGCGUUGGAGGUUUUACUGCCUUAACUUUCGAUGCUUGUUUCUCUGUUGUGGGAACCAGUUCUUGGCUCUCUGGACACUGAUAAAACAAGUCCUGAACACCGCCCCCCUCUUUUUUUUAAGUCUUAUGUUGUAAUCAUUGUAUAGAACUAAAAAAGUUGAAAACAAACAAAAAAACCCACAAAAACAAAAAAAUGUAAUUUUCCAAAUGUUAACACAUUUACUUUAGCAUUGAAGCCACUUUGUGAAACCUGAGAUAAAUGAAUGUGAGGUAUCUUCUCUGCUUUCCUCAUUUGUGUAGAUGUACUUAUUGUCUGUUCUGUUGAUUUAAAUUAUUUUUUCUCAGAUUGGCACAUGGAAUAUUUAAAUUUUUAUUGUGCCUUUCUAUCCAAAUGUUGCAUAGUUACCAGGGAGGAUUAGU